AUGGCUUCAUGGAUGCCAGCCUACUUCCAGAAGCGCCUGCUACGGACGGCUUUAUCGCGUAUUGCUUUGCUGGAUGUAGAUUCACUAGACCUCGACUCCUUGGGCGUCAACAUCGGCAGGACCAGCACUGUCGAGCUUAAGCAUGUCGGUCUCCGUGUUCAGGAACUGUCGGCUCUGCUGCAACUUCCGCCCAAUAUCCGCCUCCACGUCGCCCGUGUCCUGUCGUUACGCCUGACCGUUCCAGCCAACUUCUUCCAGCAGAGCAUCAUCGCCGAAGUAGAUGGUAUUGAGGUCCACAUCGCAGCAGACGUCCCUGCUGAACACCACGACGAUGCCGAUGACGCAAAGGCCCCCGAACAUCGCAAGACGAAUCGUCGGAUACAAUCCCCCGCUGCUUCCUUCCAGGAAAGCAGCCAGCCGGUCGAGGAGAAACUAGACUUGGAGGCCCGCUACAUGGCCAAGUCGUCUUUGAGUGAUACAAGCGAUGAUCUGGGCACUGGCAUCAGUCUAGGUCUGCCUGCUAUGGUCGCUUCGUUUUUACAAGGAAUCGUGGACCGUGUGCAAGUGAGGAUAAAAGACGUCAACAUCAGACUGUCUCUCCACGAAUCGACUCCCGGACCAUCUCCUAUCAUCUUCAUCGCGAAUCUUGCGAAUAUUCAGGUCAAUGCUGCCGCCCCUUAUGCUGCUGAUACAGAUACGGAUCCUCAAGUAUCUGCUGGAAAGCGAAGACAUAUCGCUCUCGAAGGCCUUAGUGUCCACUAUGUGCGCGAAGAACGAUUCGCUCACACGCGUACCUCCAUGGCCGAUCUGUUCGCUUCAUAUACAUCGAGUGCUACAAGUAGAAAAGAAGAGCAUAAGGGUGACACCUUGUCGAAACCGGAGCCUGCUCUGGCCGAAUCUGGUGUUCUGCCACACAUGAACUUUCCAGCUUACGCACACCUAUCCGACUCGGACAGCGAGAGCCUACCGGAUGAGAUGACACAGAGCACUGCAUCUUUUGAUAUACGUAAUGGACCCGACCUGACAGAAUCUGUUGUCUACAGUCAUGCCGAGGCGGAGAGCAUGUAUCUAAGCGCUGUAGGUCCUGGGCCAGCUCAGGGAACAAGAACAUCUCCGAAUCUGAGGGCUCUUCCAGGAGGCUGGAACUCUGUCAUAGAUGACGAUGAAGACCUAGAUCUUCCAUUCUUGUCGCAACACCUGAAUCAGCAAUCCGAUUCCAAUUUUGAGGAUAGAGCUCUGACACCAACUCUGAGAAAUCAGUCACCCGUACAUGAACGUCAACCUGAAGUCGAAUCUCAAGGUGUAUCCUUGGCAUAUAUUUCAAAGGAAUUACUGGUUAUGCACAGAUUGAACAUCGGCAUUCGUCAGGCUCCACGUGCUAGUAGACCGGCGCACAAAGCGGAAGAUUCGAUCUCUCAAAGUUCGAUGACAACCUCUGCCUUCCAGCAAACCCCAGGUGCGUUCUCGAUCUACGCCGAGGGAGGUCGCUCAUCCGUGCGAUUCAAUGCGCCAGCUACAGAUGAGGCAGCUAGGGUCUCUGAGGAUAGCGAGGCAAUGGACACAACUAUCGAAAUUGAAGCCACUCCGAUAAAGCUACAGCUAGAUGCUGAUGUAGAAAUCAGCAAUCAUCCUCCACCCGCGGAAGUCGGUCUGAAAAUUGGCAAUCUCAUUUUCACGGCCGGAAGCAACAUCAUAUUCUCAUUCGAUACAACGAAGCAGCAGUCUGAAAAGAGGAGUGCUCAAAAUGCGAUCACCGUUACCUCUGUCACAAGAACGACAAUACAGGGACAAAGCGUCAGAAGAAUUGAAGCCGACUUACUUCCUCUUCAUGUUGACCUCGAUCUGGUAAAAUUUGACGAAGACUUCGAGACAUUAGGUGGGAUGAUUGGUAUCGUCGAGAUGAGCUCCUCUUUAUUGUCGAGCGAAUACUUUGCUAAGAAGCAAGAAGUCUCAGCCCCGCCGCGUAGGGGCGUCCGGUUUCGAGAGCCACUGCCUGACGUGAGCGCUGAGCCUGAGAUCAAGUUCGGCGCGCGUUUGGAAGGGUUUGAUAUAAAGCUAGCUUCCAAGUCAUGCUCUCUGGAGUUGCAAGCGUCGACAACAAAGGUUAUACAUCGACAAGCUGGUGUGAAAGUAACCAUUGAGGCACUAUCUCUUACUAUGCCAACGACGAACACGCUGACCAGGCGUUCCAACCUCGACAUCUCUGUCAGAAUGGUCCAAGUUGUUUAUAAACCCACACCUUUGCAGCAAGAUCUGAGCCACCUGAUAUCACUUGUUACUCCUUCCAAGAACAAGUACGAGAACGAUGAUGAUAUUCUGGUCGAUACCCUUAUCAGGCAAAGGAGGAAAGGAUCGGUUCUCAACGUGCACGUAUCGUCCUUCCAAACCUACGUUCAUGAGUGGGACUUUGUACCACAUCUCCAAUUGCUCGGCGGUGAGCUCUCUAAGUUGUCAGCAGUUACUAAGUACUUGCCUGAGGAUGACACUCCUGGAGUAUUGUUUUUGAUCAAGCUUGCCGAUUCACAAAUCAGAGUACCCAUCAACGAACAGUUUGGACUCAUGAACGUCUCUCUCAAGAACAUACAGGUGGCUCACGUCGGCUUGCCAGCCCUCACUGCACUUUCUACGGGUGACGUUCGCCUGGGUCCAGUCGGAGGACAUCACAUAAUCCAUGAGAUGCUCUCAGGAGCUUGUACAGAGGAAUAUCCCAUGCUCAUGUUGCGCAUGGUCGGAGAUGAAGUGGAGCCCGUCGUGAAAGUGAAGCUGUUCAACAUCUGCGUCGAGUACGAUGUUCCUACACUUCUCUCUCUCACCAGUACCCAGACUGCCUUGGAAGUGGAGCAAAAGGCGCAAGAUCUUGCCGCAUCUCUUCUAGAGAACCCAAACCCAGGACCUAAGAAGACGUCGCCACCUGUGUCCGAUGUCAGCAAGUCGUCUGGAAUCGUCAACAAGAAGCUCGCCAUUGAUGUGCUGUUACAUGGCUGCGCUCUUGGUUUACAGCCCACGGAGCUGAGGUCGAAAGGGCUCCUCUUACUGGAAGACACGAAGUUUGGUACUUCUGUCCCGCCGGACGAGUCCUUCGAAGCUGUUCUGAACAUCCGACAAGCAACGCUCUAUGUUGCUGAUCAUGAAGCAGUGCUAUCCCCUGAUAGUCUGAUCUCUCCUACUUCGUCUUCUCAGCCAAAUCAUUCACUACGUUUGCAAAACAAUCUUUUGGACAGAGGCUACGUUUCUGUCAGCUCGAUCAGAUCUGCUCAGGCUACAGUGUGUGUUCUUGAAGACGAUCUCAAUCAUGACAAGUUCGUCGACGUCGAGCUUCGUGACGAGUUCUUCCUAUUGGAGACAUGUGCCGAUUCUACACAGACUCUGAUCUCUGUGCUCAAUGGUCUAUCGCCACCUGCAAUCGCCAACGAUGAUCCUAAGUUUCGCCCUCAACCCCAUCAUGGGCUCAUGACACUGGACGAUAUGGUAAACUCUUUCUCUGGAGAUGCGUUCGUUAAACCUGGCCAUGCUCCCUCUGCUUUAUUCGACGCCGAGAUGGAUCUGCCACUAGCUGAGGAAGAUAGUCUGAUGGUUGGGUCAGAUAUCACAUCGGGUCUCUACGAGGCAAUGCACGCGGAUAUGGGCUUGGAUGACGAGGACUUCUACAGCGGAGCCCACGAGCAGCAAAAACGAUUCCCAGUGCAAGUCAGGGUCAGGGAUGUUAACAUCAUCUGGAAUCUGUACGAUGGUUACGAUUGGCGCCGCACCCGCGAGGCAAUCACACAGGCCGUUGAAGAGGUGGAAAUGAAGCUCGAAGAACGCAAGUCGAGCAGACGAAGGUCCAACACCCUUGAGGACGACACCGAGACAGUCAUCGGCGAUUGCCUGUUCAACUCCAUCUACAUCGGCGUACCUUCUGCUCGCGAGCCUGCUGACCUUCGCCAUUCGAUUAGCAAUCUAAUAAAUCAAGGAAACGAGGCCGCCAGUGAGACAGAAAGCUAUGCCACUACUGGCAUAUCCAGACCGAGUCAAGCUGAUCUCAGCCGCCAGAAGAGGCUUCGGAAAAAGCGACUUCGACUUCAACGAGGUGCUUCACACAAGCUCGGAUUCGAGCUCAAAGGAGUCUCACUCGAUUUUUUGAUACACCCGGCUGGAAGCAGCGAAGUACAGAGUUCGAUCGAUGUGAGGGUGACGAACUUCGAAAUCUACGACCACGUGCCGACCUCGACCUGGAAGAAAUUCUUGACGCUCCACAACGAUAAGAAGAACAUGCGCGAGAUGAUGAAGCCUAUGAUCCACCUGGAGCUCUUGAAUGUCCGACCUGUACCAGAAUUAGUAGCCACGGAGAUGACUCUACGGGUUUCUGUUCUACCGCUACGCCUACACGUCGACCAGGAUGCACUAGAGUUCAUGACCCGCUUCUUCGACUUCAAGGACGAUUCGUCCAAGCCGGCCGAUAUUGCUGUCGAGCCACCAUUUAUACAACGGUUGGAAGUCAACACCGUCAGCCUAUGCCUAGACUACAAGCCCAAAAAGGUCGACUAUGUCGGCUUACGAGGUGGUCGCAUGUCUGAGUUCAAGAAUUUUGUGACUCUUGAAAAGGCCGACAUCAAGCUCAAGCACGCGAUCAUCUACGGUCUCAGAGGGUUCGAUACGCUGCAUGACACCUUGAGUGACAUCUGGACACCAGACGUAAUUCACAAUCAGCUUCGUGGAGUGCUCGCUGGUAUUGGGAUGACAAGACCUCUUGUCGAGCUCGGUAUCGGGAUCCGCGACAUUGUCGCAGUUCCAGUCGCCGAGAUUAGAAAAGAUGGCUUCAAAGUUCGCAGUGUUCAGAAAGGCGCCGUCAAAGCCUUGAGCACAACUUCGUCCGGAUUCGCACGUCUAAUCGCAAAGGUCGCGAUUGGCACGGGCACCAGAUUGCAGGACAUUGAAGACAUGCUCUCGCCAGCUCAACGCUCUGUGAGUAAUCAAGCUUCGUCGAAUGUUGAGGAGGAAUACGAGCAGCCUCUUCCACGUGCUGUCAGCAACUAUGCAGAUCAACCCCUGGGCGUACUUCAAGGCCUGCACUCGGCGCGUCGCUAUCUCGAGCGUGAUCUCACAACAGCAAAGGAUGCUAUAAUUGCCGUUCAGGGCGACUUCAUGGCCAGUGGAACCGCUGCAGGGGCUGCGAAAGCCGUGAUGAGACACGCGCCCACCAUUUUACUGCAACCCGUCAUUGGUGUCAGCCGUGCGGUUGGCCAAACGUUCAAGGGUGUGGGGAACCAAGUCGACCGUGAGCAUGUCAAGAAGUCGGAAGACGUGAGUCCUUUUUCCUUUCCCUAUCUUUUCUCCCUUGAGCCUCUUUUCUUUGUCACUCGGUUGGUUUGCGUGGGCUUUUGCGCCAUAGCGAAGCUUUUCUUUUGA